UUUCUCCGUAGAUUCCUCUAGAAAGCCGAAUAUCUUUCUCUUACACGGAUGACUGUGAAAGAGAGUGAGAAACCAAGAGAGACGGCAGCCGAAACUCUCCGCGGCUUAAAACGACACUAACUACGAUCUGCCCAAAGCUUUAAACGACAACUCUUAUGUUCUCUCGGUCCCAAGUUUUCGAUUCAUCCUCUGCUUUUAAAACCCACACCUUCCCUUCCUUUCUCCACUUGUCCCAGGGAAAAGUUCUUGCUUCGAUCGCCUCCGUACAUUUCCAGGCGUUUAUCUCUUCGCCUUCUGAAGUUCUUUAUUUUUCUUUGGAAUAAACUUUUUAUAAAUUAAAUUGUUUUGGCUUACUGCUGAAUGGCUGGAGCUUUGCCGACGACGAAAGGGGUGAAGGACCACAAAAUAUGGAAAGGAAUUUUUGCUGUCAGUGGAAUCAUGGUUACUCUUGUUAUCUAUGGAGUUUUACAGGAAAAGAUAAUGAGAGUACCGUAUGGCCUGAACAAGGAAUAUUUUAAGUACUCAUUGUUUCUCGUUUUCUGCAACCGCAUAACAACAUCUACUGUCUCCGCCGUUUUUUUACUGGCAAGUAAGAAAGCCUUGGUUCCUGUUGCUCCAAUCUAUAAGUACUGCCUCAUAUCAGCAUCAAACAUCCUUACCACAACAUGUCAGUAUGAGGCCCUAAAGUAUGUCAGUUUUCCGAUUCAGACCCUUGCUAAGUGUGCGAAAAUGAUACCUGUAAUGAUUUGGGGCACUUUCAUUAUGCAGAAGACAUAUAAGGGAUUUGACUAUUUGGUAGCGUUUCUGGUGACCCUAGGUUGUUCAAUAUUUAUACUAUUUCCGGCAGGAACUGACGUUAGUCCUUACAGCAAAGGAAGAGAAAGUACAGUUUGGGGCAUUUCUCUGAUGGUUGGUUAUCUUGGGUUUGAUGGUUUUACAAGCACAUUCCAAGAUAAAUUAUUUAAAGGAUACGAUAUGGAAAUACACAAUCAAAUAUUCUACACGACAUCAUGUUCUUGUAUUCUCAGCUUGACAGGCCUUCUAUUACAGGGACAUUUACUUUCAGCAAUAGAUUUUGUUUAUCGUCACAGUGAUUGUUUUCUUGAUAUUGUAUUACUUUCUACUGUAGCCACAGUCAGUCAAUUCUUCAUUUCUUACACGAUACGUACAUUUGGUGCCCUUACAUUUGCUGCCGUAAUGACCACAAGACAGCUGGUGAGCAUCAUGCUGUCAUGUGUGUGGUUCGGCCAUCCCCUUAGUUGGGAACAGUGGAUUGGGGCGGACGGAGCUCCUAGUCCCGUGAAGGGGAUCCCUUAAUAUCUUCCGGUCAAAUUUCACACCAGUUGCUGCAUCUAAUUCUAUAUAGGUAAGAAUUUGCCUACGUUAAAGCUGCAUUCUGAAGCUUCCCUCCAAGACUGGGGUCUGAACAUAUUAUGAAAUCCAAGCUGCAGAUACAUUAUUCUGCAGGGAUACGAGAUUAUGAAAAAAACUACACACUUCAAGUGAAGCACAAGAAUGGUGUUUGUUUAGCAAAAGGAAUUAGAUGUAUAUGCAACUACUCAGGCAUAUGAUUGUAGGCCUUUUAUUAACAUAUGAAAGAGGAAAAGAGGGAGUUGAACACAAAAAAAGAGAAAGAGGAAAAGAGGCAAACAAAGCUUAAGUCAGUUGAAAAGUUAGAGUAUGUGAUAAACAAUUUUUUUGGCUCUUACAAUUCCACAUAAUUCAAGGAAGAAAUUUCAGUAAAUUAAAAUUUGAAGUUUAAA